AUUUGACUUUGAAACUUCAAUCAAUGCGUCAAACGUCAAAAAAUGACAAAUUGAGAAUAUUGACAUUGAAAUUGUCACAACAAAGAGUUUGUGUUACGGUGGUAAUUUUGUAAAACGAAAGUUUAUUAUGAUAAAAAAUGGCACGAUUUCGAUUAAAGGAUAGCGAAGAAUAUUACCUAGCACUCUCUGAGCAGCCCAAGCGUUUUGAUGCUGAUAGUCCUGUUACAAAUGUGUUUUUCGACGACAGCAAUGGGCAGGUAUUUACUGUUAGAUCUGGGGGCGUGACGGGCGUGACGGUGACUGGCAUGGACGAAUCGAAAUCAACUUCAUUCCGAAUGGAGGAUCGAGGACCAAUAAUAUCAAUAAAAUUUUCUCCAGAUCUUAAAAUAUUGGCAAUACAGAGGAACCAAGACAAUCAGAAUGCCACAGUGGAGUUUGUAAACUUUAAAGACUUGGCUCCAACCAAUGUGGAGUACUCUCAUACUUGUAAAUGGAAGAAUGCAAAGAUUUUAGGCUUUGUGUGGCCUAAAGUGAAUGAAAUAACAUUUAUUACUGACCAUGGGAUUGAGCUUCUGCAAGUUAUACCUGAUAAGAAACAGUUGAAGAGCUUGAAAAAUACUUCAUUUAGCUGUGCGUGGUUCUCAUGGUGCUCACAGAGUAACAUAGUGUUGCUAGCGGGUAACAAUGGGGUGCUCCUGCAACCAUUCUCACUCAACAACUCCACCAUCAGUAAACUGCAAAAAUUGGAAUUGGAGGCGACGCGGCCGGUGGUAGAGCGCGACGUGUUCACGUUGAGGUUGUGCGACGCCACCUGGUGCGCCAUCUUCCGGCACGCUCAGUCUGCCACCGUCGCCGCGCCCGGACCCACCGAGGUACCAAAAGACGAGAUAUCAAAAAUCGUGGCAGUAUUGCUCCGGCGCACGGAUGGCAAGGACACUAUCUACAGGGUGCUGAACCAGCUCGUGGCCGAGGCAGGCACCUACCUCGUGCAGCUGUCUGAUGUCUUCGACGAGAUACAUACUGUAUACAGGAAGUGGGCGGACCUGGAGAUGGCCCGCAACACGGCGGGGCAGGCGCCCCAGGCGGAGGGCGGCGGGGCCGGGCGCGCGCGCGUGCUGAUCUCGCAGGCCGAGCUGUGCGCGCACGUGCUGCAGCAGCACAGCGAGGCGGCCUGGCUGGUGCAGGUGGUGACGUGCUACGUGGCCUCGCUGGCGCGCGCCGGCCUCGUGGUGCAGGCGGCGGCGGCCGAGCUGGCCGUGCGCGCGCUGCCGGUGGCGGGGCUGGGCGCGGCGCGGCAGGCGGGGCUGGGCGGGCUGGCGCCGCGCAAGCUGCUGGCGGCGGCGCGGGCGCACGCGCAGGCCCACGGCCGCCCCACCGCCUUCACCGCCGUCUACCACGCGCUGCUGCAACGGAACGAACGCACUCGGGGCUCUCCGCACUUCCUCAAAGGUGAACAAUGCGACAGUUACGUGGAGUAUUACAAGCAGAUCACUGCCGAGCCCCAAUAGCGUGGUCAUUGCAUGUCAAGCCAUCCAUGUAUUAUUACAACACGCAUUCAUACAAUCAUCUAUUAAUUAACGAUAUGAAAAAUACGUUAUAUAGUUCUCACUGUUCUCAGACAGGAUGUAAAAUGAAAGCAGAGUCAAACUGUCCCAUGUAUUUAAAUAUAAAUAAUCUUUUGUCGUGAAUACAGGUUUCAAAUAGCUUGUUUGAGAGUUUAGUCCACGCAAAACCUCAUAAUCAUCAGCCAAAAUCCAAUACUUAUUAAAUAAUUACGUAUUAUUACUCUAUCGAUUGCUAUUUAUCUAUUUACCAACAAGUUGAUUUUCUUGGAAUGGACUGUGGACGUCUAUUACUGCAUGUUCCUAUAUUUGAUACUUCGUGUCCAGUACAUUGAUUAUGUAUCACCAAUAAAUUAAUGAAAUUGAUAAUAAAAUAUACCUAUUGAUCUAUUUUGUUUCAUCUCCCUAUUUAUUUUUUUAUGUAAACUACAAAAUGUAUAUAUACCUACCUAAGAAGCUUUUGAUAAAUCUAUUCUUAUUGCAAGUUAUGUAUUUAUUUUUCGAAUAUUUAAUUAUUGUAAUAAGAUAUUAUUAAAUUGCAUAAUAAUUAUUUAUAGUAAUAAUGUUUAAUGUGUCUCACGUGAAUAUGACAAUUAUAUACCUAUCAGAAACACACUAUCUUACAUGUUAUCUUAU